AAAUCAAACGAACGGGUCAAAUUGAGUCAAAAUGCGAAAUCGACCAAUCAAUCCGGCGUGGAGGUUAAUCUGCCGGCGAUAUCAAUUUGGGGCAGCGGCUGGAUGCGGCGACGGUGACAGACGCCGGCGACAGUGGCGUAGCGGCAGCUCGACGGUGAUGAGCAGCGACUGGCGGCGCUGCAAUUCGACGGCGAGGAAAGACGCCGGCAGUGGAGGCGACGUCCAGCGCUCGGCGUGGCGGUGCUGCACCCGACGGCGAUGAUGGCGGACUUCCGGCGAAGGCGAAACAGCGGCGCUGCACUUGACGGCGAUGAUGGCGGACUUCCAGCGAAGGAGAAACAGCGGCGCUGCAGCUCGAUGGCGAGGACGACCGACGCUGGCAGUGGAGGCGACGACCGGCAGAACGACGAGGGACUGAAGCAGAGUAGACGGUUAGCUCGAGGCGAGAUUGAACUCCGAGUCGGCAAUGGUGCACCUGUUGCAGCUUUGGCAAUCGGAACUUAUAGUUUAGUCUUGCCUAGUGGUCUAAUGUUGGAAUUAAACGAUUGCUUGUACGUUCCUGCGAUUAGCAGAAACAUUAUUUCUGUUUCAUGUCUUGAUAAGAGUGGUUUCAUCAUUUCUAUUAAAGACAAGUCCCUUUCCGUUUACAGAAAGAAUGUUUUAUAUGCUAAUGCCAACAUGACCAAUGGGUUAUAUGUCCUUGACUUGGACAUGCCUGUCUAUAACAUAUCAGCCAAGAGGAACAAACCGAACGGUGUGUGGCUCAAGAAUUUUAUUACUGAGCUUGGAGUGGUUCCUAGCAUCAAGAACCCUAUACCGUUGUUUUGCGACAACAAUGGGGCAAUUGCACAAGCGAAAGAACCUCGGUCUCACCAGAAGACCAAACACAUCGUUAGACGUUAUCACAUCAUACGAGAAAUCGUUGCACGUGGGGACGUUGAGAUUUGCAAGAUAGGUACAGACGACAAUAUCGCGGAUCCGUUUACGAAGGCUUUGGGAAAGCCUAAACACGAGAGUCAUACGUGGUCCAUGGGCAUUCGAGAAAAGCUUGAUUGGCCUUAGGGCAAGUGGGAGAUUGUUGUAUUUAGGUGCCCUAGCGGAAAUCAAAUACCUAUGUAACUGUACACUUUAUCAUGAAUGAAAGGCCUUGAAGUAU